GUUAAAUAUGCAGCACUGCGAGUGGAACAGAAGCCUCAAUGUCUUCCCUUCGUAUAACUCGUCGUCGUUUUAUAUUGACGAUAUUCUAGGCUCGGGAUCAGCUCAGAGAACUCAGCCAUCCAUCUGCACUUCAACCAUGUGCGAGGUACCAAAACCACCUUGCCUUUCACCAGCUUUUCAUCUACCUCCACCGCGAACUUACACUAAUCUGAGUAGCCCAUUCACGCCUUACCAUUCCCCAAGGAGCUUUGGUUUCCACGCGCCGAGUAUUCCGAGUGUGUACGAAGCUUACAACGAUCAUAGUAAGUAAUACUGAACACCGAUAACUAGACCAAAGUGUAAAAUGCUGUGGGGUCACUGGCAUCAGUGAAGUGAUUUGUUGCGUUCGGCGAGAUAUCACUAUCGAUUAACGCAAUUGAGUUGUAUUUUGUGCCCCAUCAAUAACCUCGAUUCCUUCAUGUGUUCUCAUCUGUGGCGUUCUCAGUAGGAAAGGAUUAGCGUAAACUGUUCAGUCUCUCUGCUUUCUAGUUUAACCACACAGCACUUUCCUUCGGCUGUGAAGUAAGUGAUAAGAGAUUUAGGUCAUUAACCAGAGUUCAGCUCAGUUCUGGCUGCUAAAUUGCCUGACUAUCCAAGUGCCAUUUCACAGUUUACUCAAUUCAGCGAUAUAUAGCAGCCGUUGUUUCACCAUACCUGGCAGAUGACAUCUUAUGACUGAACUCUAUCAUCUGAUAAACUUCCUGUAGGUCGUAUGUUCGUCCAAACACAAAAAGUAUCAUCGUCUAGUUGAAUUAGUAUUCAGCAUUCCUCUCUAAAUAGAUCAUUUCAGCCUCAACAGUUGGCAAAUUUUGGGGAGUAGAACUUAGCGGAAAUGGCUAGUAGUAUUAGCACCUUACUCGGACCUCAACUUCAGCCCGCAGAAAUUACUGCAAUCCGUAAUCAUUUCCGCACGUUCUUUUCUCAUAGGUGCCUGGAAUCUGUUUUUACCGAAGCCUCAGAAGAAGAAAGGCGGCCAAGUGCGAUUCUCCAACGAGCAAACUUUAGAGCUAGAAAAGAUUUUUGAAAGUCAAAAGUAUUUAUCACCCCCAGAGCGCAAGCAAUUGUCCAAGGUGCUCGGGUUAACGGAGCGUCAAGUGAAGACAUGGUUUCAAAACCGCAGAGCGAAAUGGAGGCGCUUUAAACAGGAAUCACAAGGCGAGAAAUCGGAAAGAUUAGAAUCGGAGGAAUCAAAGUUGGCAGAAAAGAAUUCUUCGUGAGUUUCGAGGAGCAAUCGUACGUACAUUGACGCAUCACGACUUCAAGCCAGAGGUGGAAAUGCAAACGUAAAAAUCAGCCGAAUGUUUUGAAAUUAACGCAGUUGAAGAGUUGUUUGGCGCUGGUUUUACAGCGUUUAAAAAACAAGAAAUUAUUAACUUUUUCAGCAGGCAAAACUUUGAGAAUUUACUCGCGCUGGUCGCCGAGUGUUUGAGUUUGAUGGUUUUCUAAUAGUUUAGUUCGGCUGGCAAUUCAAAGUAUCCGUUCGUGGUGUGGCUUGGUAUCGUCACUGAACAUUAAUUGCCCAAAGUCUUCGGACAAAAGAACAUUUUAUAGAACUAAGCUUCUGUGUUCUUCUUCGGUUGCUAAAGUAGUCAGUGUAAAUUCGUCAGCUAACAUACAGUGAUGUGCUAUUGAAUCACGCAUUAGAGUAAAGUGAUUAAGCCAACUUAAGGGCCAUUCAGCAAAGAAGAUCAGAAGGAAAUAGAAAAUUCCUGUUUUGUAUAUAAUGAGAUUUGAACUCAAAAAUCUGACGUUUCUUUUUCUUUUAGAUAAUUUAGUUGUAAAGAAAAAGAGAAAUACUGUACAAAGAGGCUAACAAUAAACAGAAUACUAUGUAAUAGCUUUGAUUUCCAAUUAGUCAUUUUUACCAAGAAUAAACUUACUCAAGCGUCA